UGAGGUUAUGGUUUCUAGUGGGGAAUUUUAUGGCUAAUAUUUAUUCUCAUAAUAAUAAAUACAGUAGUUACUUUAUUUAAUGCUUAUAAUUUAUUUUAAGUUCUACAAGUAGCCCAAUACAGCAGUUUUAAUAAAAAAAUGACUUUUCAGUAUAUAACCCUGAAGUGGUUUUGAGGUUAUGUUGGAGCAUUUAUAAACAAACUUUAUAACAUCGUAAAUAAACAAGAUAUUAAAGUUUUAGGUGUAUUUUUAACUUGAAACCUACAACAAAAUGGCAAGAAAUGCAGAAAAAGCUAUGACAACUUUGGCUCGUUGGCGAGCAGCCCAACUGAGCGAACAAGAAAAAGUGAAAAAACGUCGCCCCUAUCUCGCCUCCGAAUGUAAAAGUUUGUACGCGUGCGAAAAAUGGCGGAUGCAAAUAAUCCGCGAAAUCGCGAAGAAAGUGGCCCAAAUCCAAAACGCCGGCCUGGGAGAGUUCCGUAUCAGAGACCUGAACGACGAAAUCAAUAAGUUACUUAGGGAAAAACGCCAUUGGGAGGAACAAAUUAAAGAACUGGGAGGACCGGAUUAUCAGAAGGUGGGCCCGAGGAUGUUGGACCACGAAGGCAAAGAAGUGCCCGGCAACAGAGGUUACAAAUACUUCGGGGCUGCCAAAGAGUUGCCGGGCGUAAGGGAACUGUUUGAGCAAGAGCCUCCACCUCCGCCAAGAAAAACCAGGGCAGAACUGAUGAAGGAUAUUGAUGCAGAUUAUUAUGGUUACAUGGACGAUGAUGACGGGAUUUUAAUACCGUUGGAGCAGGAAGCGGAAAGGGUUGCCGUGCAGAAAUCAGUGGAAGAAUGGAGGGCUAAAAAAGAGGCCAGAAUGGAGACCAAUGAGGCUUCUGAUGAAGAAGUGGAGGAGGUGAAUAUAUAUGCCGAUAAAGAUGAUGAUAACGAACGAGAAGAAGAAGAAGAACUGAUAAUAGAUGGAACCCAACAAAGGUUCGUGGCCCACGUGCCAGUUCCGUCCCAGCAAGAAAUCGAACAGGCUCUACUCAGAAGGAGAAAACAGGAAUUACUAAAUAAAUAUGGCAUUCCAGAACAAUAAAUUAAUUUCAGUAAAACGAAA